AAAGAGGAGUGGAAGUGAAGGGGAGGGGAGGGCCAGAGAAAGCGAAGGGAGGAGAGAGGCAGCAUGCAUCUGUGUGGGAGAGGCAUGGACUUGUAGAGACCUACGCUGCAUGAUUCACACCUAUGCUGAGUCAAAAGAGCUCCAGUGAUUUCCACUGGCAGUGAGGCACAGAGUCAACUAUUCUUCUGCUGAGCACAUUGAGAACAUUUAAAGGAGAGGAGACGUGGAAGAGAGGAGGAAAGAAGAGAGAGAGAGAGAGAGAGAGAGAGAGAGAGGUCUGCCUAAUGGCAGAGAGCUGGAUGUCCCAGUGAGGUCAGGUCGGACGGGAGGUCAUGGGGUCGUUUACGCUGGGGAAGGCUGCUUCCCUGGAGCUACUGCUGGACGCCUGCAUUCAUGCAUUUGAUGAUGAAGGAGAGCUGCAUGAAAAUCAGCUUCCUCGAACCCUUCUGCUGAUGCAUCGCUGGUAUGUGUCCUCCACCGAGCUCGCUGGGAAACUUCUGAUCAUGUAUCGUGACUGUCGGGGAGAUGACUGCCAGCGGACACGACUGAAGAUCUGUUAUUUAAUGAGGUACUGGAUAGCUGAAUUCCCUGCAGAGUUUGAUCUGGAUCUAGGUUUGAUCCGCCUUACAGAAGAAUUUCGAGAUGCAGCCGCUCAGCUGGGUGGUGACGAGCACAUUAAACUACUUGACAUUUCUACAAUCCCCUCGUAUGACUGGAUGCGUAAACUGACUCAGCGAAAGAAGCAGGUGAAGAAGGGCAAAGCGUCACUGCUGUUUGAUCACCUGGAACCCAUUGAGUUGGCCGAACACCUCACCUUCUUAGAGUACAAGUCCAUCAGGAGGAUAUCGUUCACAGAUUACCAGAGUUAUGUGAUUCAUGGCUGUCUAGUAGAUAACCCCACAUUAGAGCGCUCCAUCGCUCUGUUUAAUGGGAUCUCUCAGUGGGUUCAACUGAUGGUUCUUAGUAAACUCACCCCUCAGCACAGAGCAGAGGUCAUCAACAAAUACAUCCAUGUUGCACAGAAACUGCUCCACCUGCAGAACUUUAACACACUGAUGGCUGUGGUCGGGGGCCUGAGUCACAGCUCGAUUUCCCGCUUGAAGGAAACUCAUUCUCACCUCAGCCCAGAGGUUACAAAGAUCUGGAAUGAAAUGACAGAGCUGGUUUCGUCAAACGGUAAUUACUGUGCUUACCGCAAAGCCUUCAGUGAAAGCGAAGGGUUUAAGAUCCCAAUCCUAGGCGUUCACCUGAAGGACCUGAUCGCCGUGCACGUAGUCUUCCCGGACUGGGUGGAGGAUGGGAAAGUGAACAUCGUGAAGAUGCAGCAGCUGUAUCUCACCUUUAAUGAGCUGGUGUCCCUGCAGAGCGCUGUGGCUCAGGUGGAGCCCAACAUGGAUCUGAUCUACCUGCUCACUCUGUCCUUAGAUCUGUACUACACAGAGGAUGAAAUUUAUGAGCUGUCCCUGCUCAGAGAACCCCGUAACCCCAAAUCUCAGCCAACAUCACCCACAACACCCAACAAACCUCUGGCUCCACUGGACUGGGCCUCUGGGGUCACAACCAAACCAGAUCCUUCAGUGGUCAACAAACACAUCAGGAAGGUCGUGGAUUCUGUCUUUCGAAACUAUGACCAUGACCAUGACGGAUACAUAUCUCAGGAAGACUUUGAGAGUAUCGCUGCAAAUUUCCCUUUCCUCGAUUCCUUCUGCGUGCUUGAUAAAGACCAGGAUGGAUUGAUCAGUAAGGAUGAGAUGAUGGCGUAUUUCCUGCGUGCCAACCCGCUGCUGCAGUGUAAGAUGGGUCCUGGAUUUAUUCACAACUUCCAGGAGAUGACCUACCUGAAGCCAACAUUCUGUGAACACUGCGCUGGAUUUCUCUGGGGAAUUAUUAAACAAGGAUACAAGUGCAAAGACUGUGGAGUGAACUGCCAUAAACAAUGUCGUGAGCUGCUGGUUUUGGCGUGCCGACGUCUUCCUCGGUCAACAUCGAUGGGCAGCGUGUCUCCUGGAGUGCUUACACACAGCUCUUUACCCAGCAGCCCCAACCUGCCCACCUGCAAAGAUGAUGAUGAGGUGUUUACAUUCCCUGCUGUGACGCCAUCAUCAGGCUCUGACCUGGAGGGGAAGUCCAUCACCCUGAUGACCGGUUCAGCCCAGCGCAUCUCAGUGCGGCUCCAGAGAGCCACCACCAGUCAGGCCACGCAGACAGAACCCCUGUGGCCUGAGAAUGGCUGGGCUGCCGUUGCUGACAGCGGGUCGCACACCUUCCCCAAAAUGAGGUACAGGCCACACCGCAAAGCAUCCAAGAACAAAGGCUUUGCUCGCUGGGAGAACGACUCGCAGAGUUCGACAGGGACGAGGAACAGCAGGAACUCACAGGAGCACAGCGAAGAGUUGCAGCAGAACGGACUUGCAGAACAACAUAUGAACAAAACCAGGACCUCUGAGAUCAGCUGACUUGACCGCCCUGUGGGCCCAUGCCGGAUACCCUGGAGCCUGUCAGGACCACGGCCCAGAGGGCUGUCCUCUCUAGGGAGCAUGCUGGGGUGCCUCAUGCCUCCAGUGGAUCAGGAAUAGGGCCACUAUUUCUACAGCCGCAGCAACAGAGAGGCGGCAAGCAACCCGCUGACUGAACUGGGGGAAGGGUCGCAUCAAAGGAAAGGUCUCGGAAUAAACAGAGAGUGACUGUGAUGUGCUGUCCCGUCCUGUAUAUCAGACUGUAACAGACAGGUUGGAAACUUAACUGAGAAUCACUGGAAGCUGAUGUGAUGGAUGCGUCAGCAUGAUAAUAGAUGUGUGAGAAAGAGUAUUUAAGGUAUGCCGUUGACGUGUUUUCAAUGCACGCUCUGGUUUUCGUUCUCCAAAAACACUACACGGAAAGAACACAAUGGAUGGUUAUAUUCAGGUUGUCUGAAGAUGAAGGUGGAACUGGCACGUGUUGUUACGGAAAGAUGAAGAUGAACUUAUGUAUGAUAGAAUAUUAAAACACUAACUUCAUUUAUGUGUUAACCAGCAACACAUUAUGAUCUGAAGUGGAAGGUACGUUGAGUUUUAAGACCCUUUACCCCCAAAUAUAAUUAAAACAAAAACAUCUACACUCUUAUAAAGAUGGUUUGCACCAAAAGUUUUGUCUCCUGUGCUUGAGAAAAGCCAGACAAGAGUCCAUGAAGUUGCCUAGUAACAUUGAUAUUUAAUAUAAGGUUGAAAUGAUCUUCAUAUAUACAUGAAUUCAGAGACUUAGAUUCUGCAGAUACACCAUUGGCCUGGUGUUUGUAUGGCCUCUGUUGCUAAGCGCCAGAUGAGUCCAUCGAUAGUCCAUCACCAAGGCAACACAAUGUCCUUCAGUGCCAUAUGUUGUGAAAUAAGUUUGACACUCAGAUAGCGCCGCUCAGUUAGAGCCAGACAGGCUCAGAUGGGACAGGCCACAUACAAUCAUUUUUGCAGACUGUGUGUGUGUGUGUGUGUGUGUGUGUGUGUGUGUGUGAGAGAGAGAGAGAGUCAGAAACCACACAGGUGGAUCAACUGAUCAAAUAAGACAAACAGUAAGUAUAGUGAGUCUUUGAGCCUAUAGGAUUAGAUGUUCUUCUGGCACCACAAUUAUAGAUUUAAAAGGCCCCAAAAAUGAACAUUCUGUCAAUAUUUACUCACCCGCAUAGCUUUCGAAACUCAAAUGAGUUUUUCUUCUGUUGAAAACAAAAUGAAUUUUAGCAUGUCUGCUCUAUUUCAUACAAUGAAAGUGAAUUGUGACCAUGUCUAGCAGACAAGAUUUUCAAUUUAAUUUCAGUUUUUUGCUCUCAAAAAAUAUAUAAAAGGCUUUAAGGGAUAGUUCACCCAAAAAUGAAAAUUCUGUCAUGAUUUACUCACCCUCAAGUAUGAAUUCUUUGUUCUGCUGAACACAAAGGUAGAUAUUUGGACGAAUAUCAGGAACUAAACAGAUCUCGCCCCCCAUUUACUAGCAUAGGACAAAUAAAUACUAUGGUAGUCAAUGGGGGGCGAGAUCUGUUUAGUUUCUGAUAUUCUUCCAAAUGUCUUCCUUUGUGUUCAGCAGAACAAAGGAAUUUAUACAGGUUUGGAACAACUUGAGGGUGAGUAAAUCAUGACAGAAUUUUCAUUUUGGGGUGAACUAUCCCUUUUAGACAGAUUGACACAAGUCGUAUGGACAAGUAUGGUGUUUUUUGUCUAUAUUCUUUGGAGCUUGAGCAGUUGUUGAUUUCCAUUGACUUUCAUUGUAUAGAAGAGAGCAGCUCAAAAAACGUCAUCACAAAAAAAAAAACAGUCAUGUGAGGAAAUAAAUGAUUACAGAAUGAAUGUUUAGAUGCUAGUGGCUCAUGAUAAUGAUAUCCUGAAGCCUUCAUGUGUACUACUGUGAGCGCUUCUCUGUUGCCAAUGUCAUUCUCCUUAGAGUAUUCUAAUACUGUGCUAUUGAUUCUGCUCUCAUCUGUAUAUGUCUGAUACAAUGAUGCGUGUGCAUCUGUAGUGCUUCUCAGUAUUUUAAUUUUGUCAGAGAUCAGGAGAGGUGUUAAACUCAUGUGCAAAAUUAUCAUUUGAUAUAGCACAGAGGUGUCCAAUCUCGGUCCUGGAGAGCCACUGUCCUGCAGAGUUCAGCUCUAACUUGCCUUACACCUGCCUGAACAUUUCUAGUAAGACUGUGAUUAGCUGGUUCAGGUGUGGGGUUGGAACUGAACUGCAGGACAGUGGCCCUCCAGGAGCUGGACCGAACACCUCUGAUGCAGCAUAUAAAGUGUACAGCUUAAAGGGACAGUUUACCCAAAAAUGACAAUUCUGUCAUCAUUUACUCACCCUCAUGUUGUUCCAAACCUGUAUGACUUUAUUUUUUCUGUGGAAAAUAAAAGAUGGUAUUUUGAGAAAUGCAAUGCAAGUCAACAGGUACCAAAAUCAUCAGCCUUCAAAAUAUCUUUCUUUUUUUUUUAUGUUAAAAAUGUAAGCAUGACUUUCAGAGCCUUAGAUUACAGAAACCUCCUGUGGGAGAUGUUGUCUUUCACUUAUUGAUAGGUGAGUUUUACUGCUUAGGUGUUUUAAAUAUCAUUUGACCAAAUCAUUGCGCAUGGGCACACAUUAUUUGACUUAUGAGCAGCAGCACAAUUUCUUGUGCAAAGAUCUUUACGCUUUGCAAACUCAAGAGACGUGCAUUUAAAAACUGGAGACUCUUGCCACCUCCGGGCCAUCAGAGGUUAUGGCCCGUAAUUACUGCUGUGAAAUGAUCAACCCUGUCAUUACUGUAUUGACUGUAGUGAUAUGAAUGUUUCUGGUCAUGCUUAUAGUUGAUGCCAGCCAGGUCUACUUGAGGAAAAGGUGUGCAUUUAUGCUGUAAGCCUAUUUUCACAAAGUUCUUAUUUUAAUCAUUUCAACUACGUAUUUAACAAUAAACACAGACAUAUGUUUCUUCCCCAAGGGUCUCAUUAAAUUUCUGAACAGUAUGUAUAGAAAAUUGUAAGCAAUCUAAUUCAUGUAAGGUUUUUGCUGAAAUAAGGUGUGUGCAGUGAGCGGGUCAUCUCAGGGUUGCCAGUGAACAUAAGCUUGCCCCAUAAAAUUGAAUAUUAAACAUCAAGGGACUUUCACCAUCUUGACUGGAAUAUUUGGAAAACAUUUAUGUAAUGUUAGCUGGAAAACUAUGUCUGACAAGUAAAUAUAUUAAAAGUAUUUAUAGUUUUAAAGAUAAAACUGGAUUUAGAUUUGAACUUAGCCUGCUUUAACUGGAAUGAGAUAAUUGAAUACAUAACGUGUAGAAAUGUUCCAUGAGUCCUUUAUCGCACUGUUAGAAUUCAUUGCUGUAAUUGGGAAAACAUUAAUAAAACACUACUCUAGCAUGGACCAUUCAAAACUUCCAUUGUCUGUAAAAAACAAACUUUUAGUUUGUAUUUAAUGUUUCCUAAUGACUGGUUUUAAACUGUGAUUAUGUGACUGACAUGUUUAGAUUUUGCCCCAUUUUGCAAGUAAUUAAAAUAGAAAAAAAAUUGAUGUCUAUCGCCCUCAUGUGGCCACUGUAUUUCUAAGCAUGUCACAAUCACACUGCAUCAUAGGAAUAUGCAUAAUUUCUGUAGAAUUCUUGUAUUUAAGUUGUUUUCGUCAUUGUAACUGCUGAUAUUUACUGCCAUAAUAAAUGACAAUAAUGCAAAAAAAAA